AUGGUCAGAGACUUCAGAGAUAAUAGAGGAGAUGGUCAGAGACUGCAGACAUGAUACAGGAGAUGGUCAGAGACUGCAGAGAUAAUAGAGGAGAUGGUCAGAGACUGCAGAAAUGAUACAGGAGGUGGUCAGAGACUGCAGACAUGAUACAGGAGGUGGUCAGAGACUGCAGACAUGAUACGGGAGGUGGUCAGAGACUGCAGAUAUAUUACAAGAGAUGGUUAGAGGCUGUAGAAAUAAUAGAGGGGAAUGUCAGAGACUGCAGACAUGAUACAGGAGAUAGUCAGAGGCUACAGACAUGAUAUGGGAGGUGGUCAGAGACUGCAGAUAUAUUACAAGAGAUGGUCAGACGCUGCAGACA